AUGAACUUGCUUCUCCGCGCUGCUAUUUCGCGCCGGCUCUGUUACUGGCCUACCGAUCACGCCACUUCCUCAAUAUGGAUACUGAAUGCAACCACCUUACACAAACGAAGCUUUGUCGCCUACAAUUUCGGCUAUUUUACUGAAGUUCCACAGGAGUACAAGUCCUAA